AUGGAAUCCGUGCUUGCAGAGGCUGUUGUUAGAAAAGUUUGCGAGAUGGUCAUCCAACAAGUGGCUAAUGGAGUAAGCAUAGUGUUGAACUUUGGGGAAGACUUUGAAGGGUUGAAGAACAGAAUAGAGGAAGUCAGUUGUGCUUUAAAUGAAGCCGAUGAAGAGAGCAGUAGACAAAAGGAGUCUGUGAAAAAAUGGCUCCACAGAGUUCGGGACAUUGCCUGGGAGGCAGAGGACAUAAUUGAAGAAUGUGCUGUGGAUUCUAUGUAUGCCACUAAUACUCAGUCCCGCACUUUCAAAUGUAAUCAAUUGAUGUAUCGCCUUCAAAUGGGUAGAAGAAUUCGAAAGAUCAAAGCUAGACUGAGCUCUGUUGUUGAAGAGGGAAACCAACUCAAUAUUGUUCGAGCUGCGGUUCCCCACAGAGAAGAAGCAGAAUCAUCAAGUAGAUCCCAAGGGCAGCAGUUUAGGAGAUCGAGCAUCCUGCCCAGCGACUUGAAUCCAGUGGGUAUACAGUCCAAGAUUGAAAGCAUGGUGAAUUUGUCGGAGAAACCCCAAUUUCCAAUCAUUGCAGCGGUUGGAAUGGGGGGGAUAGGCAAAACCUAUCUUCUUCAGCAUGUUUACAACAGUAUAAAAGGAAGGUAUGAGAUCUCUGCAUGGCUUUCAGUUUCUCAAUUCUAUUCUGUUUCCAAGUUGCAGCGAGAUUUAGCCUUUCAAUUAGAUGAAGAUUUAUUUAAGAAAAUUAAGGAGGGUGGAGUAAGUGAAGAGGCAGCAGCACAGACGAUUCAUGGGUUUAUGCUAGGGAAGAAGUGUCUUAUUGUUUUAGAUGAUGUGUGGAGGGCUACAAGAGAAGGUGACUUGCUAACCAAACUUGGCAUACCAACUGGAGAUAGUAGCCAAUCCAAAAUUCUGGUUAGCACAAAAAGCAGAGAUGUCUGCACAAAUGUCAGAGCUCAUAUUUAUGAGAUGGAAUAUUUGACAGAUGAACAGAGUUGGAGGUUGUUUUGUGCUUAUGCUUUUCCUGGAUGCGAGGGAAAUAGUGCGCCAUAG